UUGUGAGCGUUGAGACUCCAACGAGGCUAGACUAGUAUAAGAAAGUAUUUCUGGGUUAGGCCCAAUAUAUGUCCGUCUAUACACAUGUCUUCUUGGUUAUCUGGAAGAUGUCCCACAUAUUGACCUGACAGGUAAUGCAUAGUGUCUGUGUUUGACUGGUUCAUUAUCGCCUCCACUGAACUAUGCAUAUACGUGGAUAUAGACAUGCAAUUUUGUACACGGUGUCAUCAUCUUCACUUCUUCAGAUAUAAGUACUGAUCGUCGUGAGAGGAGCCAGCAGCUGCCUGUGUCAACACAAUUUGGUCAGAAAUCACCAACCUGUUUGCUUAAGGUACAUCAUGACCUUACUUAUUUUGUAAGGUCGACAGACUCAGUUUGAAACCAAGGGCUGUAUUUUACACAGCUGUUGUAAGUAAACUACAUUGAUGUGACCGGAGAUCACGCAGACUGCUCCCGAAAUUUCAGUUAUCAUGUGGUACGACGUGUUGUUGACUAACGUGGCACCGUUGGCCGUCUUCGUGCUGGUCCUGCUGCUCUUUUUCCUGCGGUCCACUUCCCGUCCUGCCCACUUACCCUCGGGGCCCACACCCUGGCCCCUCAUCGGUAACUUCCCCAGCCUCGGGAGAUUUGUUCACUGCCUUACAGAGGCUUCGGCCUAUGAACGGAGACGUCUACCUCCUUUACAUGGGCAGUAUGCCGACAGUGUUCGUUCACGAUCUCGACAACAUGCGGGAGGUGCUGGUGACCAGAGGUGACGAGUUUGCGGACCGACCCAAUCUGAUGAUCGCUGAGAAAAUAUCUAAAGGGAAGGGUAACGUUGCUCUGAACAUAUUAUAAAUAUUUAUCUUAUGCUUUACUGGAAAGCAAUACAUUGUCCACUUUGUUGAUACUUUACAUGGCUUUUCUGUAGGUAAGAAGGCACAUGGUUGGGUUAAAAUAAAUUGUAGUUCAUCGUCCCUACCUUCACUGCAUUGACAACGCAUACAUGCAACAGGCGUGAUUCAUAAUCCUUUCAUUUGAUAUAUUGACCGCUGCGCAAAAAUCUUUAUCCAAAAUGAAACAAAACCAUCUUUGAUGCUCUAAUACUGAAUGAUGAACACUCUUACUUUUGGCUGCCUUUCUGGCAUCAGGAAAUAAAUGUAGAUCGAUGAUAUUUAUUACCCUCAGCGUUUUGGGAGACAAACGCGUAGCUCAUGUACUAAAGUAUAUAAAAGAUGAAUGAUAUCUGCACAUGAAUACCAAUAAUCCCUCGAUCUCCAAACUGUGUCCCAGAGUGUACUGAGAUUAACUAUAAUCUCUUCUUGCUGACGAAAGUCGGACGUAAUAUGUGCAAAUCUGCCGAAAUCUUGGAGUCAACUUUCCUUUUCUUUCGUUUGGCUCGUCCAGUUGUAAAUAUUUUUUCUCACUGGGGAUAGUUAUAUCAAGCAUGGUUGUUAUUAUCUCCUACAAACGUUAUACGCUCUCCUACAUAGAUGGUAUUAUCUCCUACAAACGUUAUACUCUCUCCUACGUGAAUGAUAUUAUCUCAUACAAAAGUUAAACUGUUUCCUACGUGGAUUAAAUCAUCUCUUACAAAAGUUAAACUGUUUCCUACGUGGUUGAUAUCAUCUCAUACAAACGUUAUAAUCUCUGCUGCUUGGAUGAUAUUAUCUCCUCCAAACGUUAUACCCUCUCCUACGUGGAUGAUAUUAUCUCAUACAAACGUUGUACUCUCUCCUACAUGGAUGAUAUGAUCUCCUCCAAACUCCAAGAAUGUAUAUGUUCAUCUUCUGUAAUCAGGGAUAUACAGGCAAAUAAUAGGCGAACAACCCACUGCCACAUAUGGCCGUUACAAUGAUCAUAACUGCUUGUUGUCCAGAGAAAAUCUGACUGAACAAUGUUUGAUAGUAUUAUAAACGAAGUAUAUUCAUAUCACUGUCUAGGCUGUCAACCGGUACAUCCAAAGUCAAAAUCCCUAAAACCAGUUUUACUACUAAAAUUAUUUAUGAAUUAUUUAUUAUAUUCAUUAUUUAGAUUCAAAUUAAAAUCUUUCUGCUUACGUUGUACAGGAGUUGCUAAUACAUCCGGUGAAGUAUGGAAGCAGCAGAGACGCUACACCCUGCACACUUUGAGAGACUUUGGCGUCGGGAAAUCCAGUCUUGAGCAGAAGGUGAUGGAAGAAGUGGAGGUGUUAAUACAGUGGCAGGGAUACUUUCCCUAUGGGAAAACUUCUCCAUACGUCCGUCUCCAAUGUCAUCUGCUCUAUCGCUAUCUGGUAAUCGGUUUGAACACGAAGAUCCCAAGUUUGUCAAGUACAUGGAGGCUGUAGAUGAAAACUUUAAAGUUGCAGGGUUUUCCGGACCUAGUGUAUUCCCGGAGACUUCUUCUAAUAUCAACGUAGACGCCUGUGGCUUUCAUAUUGGAUUUGAUUUGAUUGACUGAUGUUUUACUCCUUACUCAAGAAUAUUUCACUUAUACGACGGCGGCCUGCAGUCACGACCUUCCCACGUAGGGCCAGAGAGGAAGCCAGCAUAAGCUGGACCUGAACUCACAGUGACCGUGUUGGUGAGAGGCUCUUGGGCCAUUACGCUGCGAUAGCGCGCUAAGCAACUGAGCCACGCUUUCAUGUUGGAUGAAAUAUAUGUGCACAAAGUGACACUUGACCCCGAUGAACCUACGGAUUUCAUCGAUGCCUACUUGUGUGAAAUUGCCAGAUGUCAGGAUGACGGGAAGUCAACGUUUGAAGAUUUGUUUGUCGCCAGAUCUGAAACUACAGAGACGACACUUCAGUGGGCUCUGCUGUACAUGAUAAACUACCCAAAUGUCCAGACCAAAGUUCGGGCGGAGAUUCACGCUGUUAUCAGAAGAGGAAGGUUCCCGACUAUGGCCGACCGCAAACAGAUGCCUUACAUGGAAGCCACGCUGAUGGAAGUACAACGGUGUGGCGAUGUCGUACCUUUGGGUGUUCCUCACGCGGCUACCAGGAAUACCACCUUAGCGGGAUAUGUGAUCCCUAAAGGUACCACGGUCACCACUGUUUUCUCCAGUUUGUAUUCCGACGCUAACAUUUGGAAGAACCCGAAAGUAUUCAAUCUCAGUAGAUUUUUGGAUUCAGACGGAAAUGUGGUCAAGUCUGAGAAUUUACUACAAUUUUCUGCAGAUAGGAAAGUUUCCAACCCAAAGCCGUUGAGGGCAGCAAUGUGGUACAGCGUCUUGUUCACGAACGUGGCGGCGGUGGCCGUCUUCGGGCUGGUCCUACUGCUCUUCUUCCUUCGAUCCACCUCCCGUCCUGCCCACCAACCCCCAGGGCCCACACCCUGGCCCCUCAUCGGUAACUUCCUUAGCCUCCGGGGAGAUCUGUUUACCGCCUUACAUAAGCUUCGGUCUCAGUACGGGGACAUCUACCUCCUGUACAUGGGCAGUACGCCGGCAGUCUUCGUUCAUGGCCGCGAAAACUUGCAGGAGGUGCUAGUAACCAGAGGUGACGAGUUUGCAGACCGACCCAAACUGCUGUUCUCUGAGAUCCUGUCUAAAGGCAAAGGUGUGGCCAGUGCGUCGGGUCAACCGUGGAAAGAGCAAAGACGGUUCGCACUGCACACCUUGAGGGAUUUCGGGUUCGGCAAAAUGAGUUCUGAGGUCAGAGUCAUUGAGGAAAUCAAAAUCCUCUUGCGGUGUCUGACAGCCACGAAGGGGUCGACAUUUUCCAUAGGUAAACUGUUCCACACAUCUGUCGGGAAUGUAAUUAAUUCUCUGGUGUUCGGAGAUCGCUUCCAGCAUGACGACCCUAAGAUGGUGACCUGCACGAGGUCAAUUGAGGAAACCUUAGAUAAAAUUGGAGGUUCAGGUGCAGUGAACUUUGUUCCAUGGUUGAAAUACUUGCCCGGGGAUUUCUUCGGGUUCAAAAAUAUUAUGAAAAACAAGGACCUGGUGGAGAGUUUUCUGAUAGAUCAGAUACAACAGCACAAGGAGACGCUUAAUCCCGACGAGCCCCGGGAUUUUAUCGACGCUUAUUUGUCUGAGAUGUAUAAAGCUCAAGAAAAAGACCCACACACGACAUUUGAAGAUGAACAACUUCUAAAAGUAAUUGAGGAUUUGUUUGUUGCUGGGACUGAAACUACAGCGACAACUCUCCAGUGGGCGCUGGUCUACAUGAUAAACUACCCGGAUGUCCAGACCAAAGUUCGGGCGGAGAUUCGUUCUGUUAUCGGAAGAGGCAGGUUUCCGACUAUGGCCGACCGCAAACACAUGCCUUACAUGGAAGCCACUCUGAUGGAGGUGUUGCGAUGUGGAGAUAUUUCACCAUUGAGUGUACCUCACGCAGCGUCACAGGACACCUCUUUAGCGGGGUAUGCAAUCCCCAAAGGUACCAUCAUCAUGACCCCCUUAAUCAGCUUACACAAGGACCCACAGGUGUGGAAAGAUCCCGAAGUCUUUGAUCCCUGCCGAUUCCUGGAUUCUGAUGGAAAUAUUGUCAAGUCUGAUAACUUGUUGCCAUUUUCCGCAGGUAAGCGAGUGUGCUUGGGAGAGAGCUUGGCCAGGAUGGAGUUGUUCCUCUACCUGUCUUCCAUGCUGCAAAGGUUUAUCUUCAAAGCCCCGGAAGGUGUGACGUCAUUGUCUGAAAAGGCUAUUAUCGGCCUUACCCGACGACCCCCAAAGUAUAGUCUAAGGGCUGUCACAGCCUCCUGAAAGUGACGCCAUCGGUCGCAUGAUGAGGAGGUGCACAUAUACUGUGUCCUCGUGUCACAGAGCAAGUCCAUGCCAUCAAAGUGCUGCCGCCACUGAAGACACCAAACACGAUACCCCACCCAGUCACCUUAUACCCCACCCAGUCACGCUGUACCCCACCCAGUCACAUUGUACCCCCACCUAGUCACAUUGUACCCCACUCAGUCACAUUGUAUCACACUGUGCCCCACCCGAGGACAUUAUACUAUAAAUAACUCCGACUGCGAGACGGAGGCUGUAACGAUAAGGUCACCCAAGUCGUCUUUAAUUACCGGUGCAGAAAAACGAGCUUUUCAAACACAGUGGAAGAAAACAUGUGGAGGAAAACAAAAAAUGAACUCGGUGUCCGUCACUGACUUUAUUUUUUGUUUUCCUCCAUAUUAACAUUUCUGUACUGCAUUGAACAAACACUAUUAUGUGUAUAUGCGUUGGUGGUUGCGUGCGUGAGUGCGUGUAAAUGUAUGCAUUUAUGUUGACGAGUUUUAGUAGUCUUUCAUAACACUUUUAUACAUGAUCGGAUGACAUUUGCCUUGAAUAAGAACUCAAAGGAGUUCUUUGUGUCGAAAACAUGCUUAUGAAGUUUAACAUUAUGUAUUAGAAAAAAUGUUCAAAGUGUAUUUUCCUUGCAAUAAAAUGCUUUGCAUGAAUGUAUCGGUAUUUUUUACUUUAUAUGCUUUCUUAUUUCUUGGGUGGUUUGUGUGAAACAUUGUUUUGGAAAUUGAUCUUGCGAUUAUUGCUCGAGACGUCCAAUAUAGUUAACUAGUUUCUACGCCCAUGUCUAUAAACCUUACUACUGUCGAAGAAGUGGAACAUUCGGCGUGAAAGACAUUUGAAAUUUUUUCAAUAAAAUCAACUAAAAACUUACCUCAUUUGCCGCAAAAUAUAGAAAUCAACUUC